GAGGUCAUCGCAGGGAACGCUCGUCACGUGCGCAGUGUUGCGAUUGGCCGGCCCCAGAGUGGGGGGUGCGGGCGAGGCGCGUGCGCUGGGUGGCGGUUAGGGGGAGUUACCGGGGUUCCCCCAACCGUCAGCCCCUUCUCGCGCCUUUCCCCUGCCGCUGGCGCGGCGGCCCUGCGCUCACUCGGGGACUGGGGAGGCGCCUCUCGCCAAACCCCAUCCCGGUCGCUGCGUCGGAUGGGAGCCGCCUUCCCGCUACGCGCUGCGGGCCGGGCCGAGCCUGGCCCGAGCGCGGGGGGGGUAGAGAGCGGGGCAUCCCCCGUCCCCAGGGCGAUGAAAUAUUCAGACUCUGUAAUAAUUCCUAGAAAGGUUGCUGUCAGGAUUUUCAGAAAAAGGCCUCUCCUUGUUAGGCUACCAUCUGUGCAACUAUAGCAUGACUAAAACUGUGUCUAAAAUGGUUGCCUACCAAAAGUCAUAUGAGAAACACUCUUCUUGUGGAGGAUGGAUUCCAUGGAUGGUUUGUCUUAAGACAUCUUAUAAAACUCAGUAUCGCAUCGCUGAAGUCCCUGAGAUUAUGAAUUUUACAGAUUGCUGUGAAGGGUAUGAACAAGUUGGGUUCUAUUGCACUUUAUCAUUGAACAGAUCCAAUGAAUUUGCCUCAAGUCCUGGUGUUUGUCCAGAGGAGGAAAUGGAUUCAUUAAACUAUUCAUGCACACUUGAUACUGACUGUCCAGGACUUAAAAAAUGCUGUAACUCAUCCAAAGGAACUGUCUGUGUGGAUCCUGUACCAGAAGAGAGAAACCUGAAAAAAUAUUGGUAUAAUGUGUCAGUCCUUGUGAAAAUGGAUUUUAAUGAAUUAAGCGGAGUGGAUCCAAGACUUUUGAAUCAUUCACGCCUUUUGCACUCUAUGAUGACUGGUGCAUUAUGGCCCUUAAAUUCCUCAGUGUACCAUAUCCAGACUACUCAGGCAGAAACAUAUGCUGGGACAUUAGCAUCUCAGGUUCUGAUUGGAUUACAUCAGCCAGCUCCACUAAUGAAAGUUUCUUCUUUGUUGAAAGGCAUUGUGAAGCGUGUGUAUGAAGUUAUCAACAUAGAUGUUCAAGAUGUAAAUGAAUGUUCCCACGCUGAACUCAAUGCUUGUUCCAGAUCAGAGCUUUGCAUAAAUUUAGAAGGUUAUUAUAACUGCACCUGUGAACAUGAACAUGUGGACAGGGAUUCUAGGCAGCCACAGAAAGAAUUUAAAGACCUCUCUUCAAUUGGAAACCACCGAAUCGUCAGUGUUACCAGCAGCAGUUUUGAAGUAUCUUGGAAUGUAAAUUCUACUCUGAACCACACGUUCCAAGUACAAGUGUACAAGGGCAAAGAGUUGCUCAGAAGUAUGGAGACUACAGAAAUGAAAAUGGAUGUGUCCGGGCUGGAAGCAGGUAUAAAAUACACAGUGAAGAUCAGCUAUGAAGCUUGUGGAAAGAACAUUAUCUCCUAUCAAAAUGUCAAAACUGAUGCCCAGAUAUUUGGUGUUACAAUAAAGAUCCUAAACUAUAACUUCACUGAACAUUUCCACAACACCAGUAGCUCAGAAUAUCAAGAGUUUUCAAGACUGUUGCUCGCAGAGAUUGAAAACUCAUUUCCACCAAAUAUUUCUAUAUUAUACAAAACUGGGAAGCUGAAGGUGCAAAUUGAGUCCCUGAAAGCUGGAAGUAUCAUUGUGAGGCUUAGAAUCAUUGUACAGGACCCUGAGUUUCCAACAGAUGUGUCCACAUUUGCUCCUAUGCUUUCUUCUCUGUAUAGAAGCUCAGUGUUUUUGGUUGAUCAGCAGAGCACCUCAGUAGAAGACUGGGACGAAUGUGCAUCUCGUUCAGAGAAUGACUGCUGUAUGUAUGCAGAGUGUAUCAAUUUAAUGGGCUCAUACAUGUGCAGAUGCAAGACAACCAUGGAUACCAAUCCAUCUCGGCCUGGAAGAAACUGUGAAGGUGAAAUUGUGAACCCAGUUAGUGAAAUGAUGCCCCUAUAUGAAUCAGGCAAGACAGAAAUACCACCUGAAACAAGUACUGGACUGCAUGCUUCACCAGCAAUCACUGAAAUAAGAACGACCACUCUCAGCUCCAAGAGGAGUACCACAUUAAAUAUGCCUACUGUGCUGCCAUCAAGUGGCACACAAGCAUCAAGCAGUCAUUCUUCCAUCAGCAGUCCUCCAGUAACUCAGAGACAAGGCAUGACAUCAUCAGUUGGAUUUGAAAGAAAUAAUAGCACAAUUGGUAUGGAGGGUCCAACAACCAUCAAAACACUAGUCGUGGUGACAGAACAAUGGAAAGAUGUAAGUGCGUCACUUGAAAACUCUAUGGAAGAGACUUUGACUGGGGCACCAAAGCAACUGACUACUGUUACCAGUGCACCCAGGGAUGCAACCAGUCAAGAGCAGCACACUUCACCAUUGCCCAUAUUAUCUAUGGUUUCAAAUACAACUUCUGCUGUUGAGAGAAAUAAAACUAUAGGAGAGACCCACAUACCUCUCCAGGUUCCUGAAGCAAGUUCUCAGGAUGGCUCCAGUACAUCCCUGCCUACUACAGAGCACCCUACAAUUUAUACUCUAAAUUCCACCCUUGAUGUACAUGAAGAGAUGGGAAGAGUUAGCAACUCUUGGUCUGAGACAUCUCCUAGAGAAUCAUUCUCAGUGCCACCUGUUUCCCCUGACUUCUCACCACCAGCUUUCAGUGCUACUACUUUCCCGAACACAGAUUGUAUACCUGUCCCAGCUCAAAGGAUUAUUUUCUCCAGUGUGACUAGCAUCAGCUUUCAUGUAGCCUGGUCCACAGAGUCUGCACUGAAUCCUGCUUUCCGAUUUCUACUGCUUCGGGAAAACCAGCUAAUAUCAGAGGCUAAAAUCCAGAGCACGAGCCUGACAGUGCCAGGGCUAGAACCUGGGAUCUUGUACACAGUUGAAAUCAUGACAGAAGUUUGUGGCAAGGAAAGUAAACCAGCACGCCAGAAAGUAAAGACUGCUGUUCAAAAACUGAAUGGAUCAGUAAGAAUAACAAAUGUGAAAUACACUGCAGGCUUGAACAAUGCAAGUAGUGAAGAGUAUCAUAACUUUACACAGCUGUUUCUUGGUGAAGUACGGAAAUCUCUGCCUCUUAACCGUCUUCAGGAAAUGGAUCUUGGUUUGAUAAAAAUGCUGAUAACCAGUAUUACUAAUGGAAGCAUAGUGGUAGGUUUCGAUUUACUGACUGCAAAAGACUUGGAUAUCCACAACCUUUCCACAGCUUUUCAUGAUGUCUUUAAAAAUAGUUCCUAUUUUACAGUUGACAACAACAGCCUCUCCAUACGUGAUUAUGAUGAGUGCGAAAGAGAAGAAGAUGACUGUUCCCCAGAUGCAUCAUGCCACAACACAUAUGGGAGCUAUCAGUGCAGCUGUAAUGAAGGAUUUGCUGAUCUCAAUUCAGAGAGGCCCGGGAGAAACUGUGAAGCAUUUCCUCUUAGCCUUGGCCCUACAACUGCACAUGGCAAACAUGUAGGCAGCACAAGUUUACCUGUGACACGUCCACAUACUUCAGCUCAUGUGUUUUCACCUGCUACAGAGGAUUCAUCUGCUGCUAAAACCAAAGCUGAAGAGGGUACUAUGUUCUCUAGCACAGCAAUGCCGCAUGCCUCCACAGCGUCUGUGUCGAAUGCCCGUAGCUCACCACAUGUCACUACCUCGCCACUCACUAAAACUUCCCAGGGGAUGUCCUUAAAGGAUGCAGUGCGAGUGUUCUGUGAGAUUGAGAAGAUUGUCAUUGCCAUUCAGAAGAUAUUUCUGCAGCAGGAAUCUAUCCCAGAAUCUGCACUCUAUCUUGGGGAGCCUCACUGCAACGUGAGCUUCAGCAACGACACUCAUGUGGUGCUGUGGACAGGUUGGAACGGAUGUGGAACUAAAGUACAAAGUAAUAUGACUAAGACUAUUGUGAAAACAAUACUUCGGAAUGACAACUCCUCUCAGGAAGUUAUCCACAACUUGAAGAUAGUCUGUCCAAUCCACUGUGUGUUUCAGAAUAAUCUCUUGACUUCAUCUGGAUAUAGUUCAGAAGGGGUUUAUACCUUUUUUGAGGAUUUACAUGGAUCUGGAUAUUUUAUAACUGAGAUGCAAUUGUUUGUUGGAAACUCUUCAAUCCCCCAAAAUUUCAGUGUUUCUGCCAGUGAUGAUAUACUGAUUGAGGUGGGAAUUCAAAAAGAAGACAGCAAGCUCAAGGUGGUCGUCACUGAGUGCUGGGCAACUCCAACGAGUAAUUCAGGGGAUCCUCUAUCAUUUGGUUUUAUUAACAACAGCUGCCCAGUCCCAGAGGCCUACACCACCAUGAUUGAAAAUGGAAAUUCAAGAAAAGCUCAGUUUAAGCUGAAAAUCUUUUCCUUUGUCAACAACUCUGUGGUUUACCUACACUGCAAAAUUCGUAUUUGUGUGGAAACCUCUGAAAGCACCUGUAGGACGAGCUGCCGAGAUGUUCGAUCCCUGAAAAGUGGUGAAAUUAUUGCCACACACAGAACAUCCUGGGGGCCUCUGUGCAGAGCCACUGCAUCUGAUUCAAAAAGUGAGAAGGCGGCUGGGCUAGGAGUAGGGUCCAUCGUCCUUAUCGUCAUUGCUGUGUUUGUUUUUGUGCUGGGAGUGGCGGCCCUUUCGGUUUCCCAAUACCAACGAAAGACGGGGAGAUACAACUUCAAAAUCAAGUCUGACAACUUUAGCUACCAAGUGUUCUAUGAUUAAAUAUUUUCAAUUAAUCACAUCUGGAACUCGUCUCAACACACAGAUGGCAACAGCUUUUCUUCGCACAUCAUUUUGCUCCCAUUAUCUCUCAUGUCGGUGGUCAUCUGUCUCAACAUUGAAUCCCCAAAGUUAACAAUCACUACAACAUAUGACUAUAUUCCUCCUGAUCUCUUUUCGCUGUCUGUUACUCACCAGAGCACACAACACACAAACUAUAUGGUAGAGCUGCAUUUUAACUGGCUGUGAUCGUCUACGUGUAAUACAAUUGCAGGAUAUUCGAUUGGGUACUCCAUUGUACGAGGCAGCAAUUCAGUUCUCAGCUGGAUAAACUGGGACCCAAGGCCAAGGAACAGCAUACCUCUCCUCUUAGUCCCAUUUUACAGCAAGUGUACCACUGUUUUCCCUUUUCAAAAUAUUUGUGAAUAGAACUUCUCCUUUCCCUCCUAGCUCAAUUGCUCCAGUUCCAGCUAUGCGCAAGAUUCUCCUGCUUAAAAAUCUCUCUCAGCCACUUGCAGUUCAGCUCCUCCAUUUUUGUUUUCAUGGUCAAUUGAGAAAUGUCCUUUUUAACAUUUUGAUCACUGUAUUUUCUUCUGUUGUUGUUAUCUCAUGCUCUCCUGCAUUGGGUUAAUCGCUUUACUGCUGCACUGAAUGGCACUGAAACCACCUAGUUUCUAAGGCGGAGAAGGAAACUUAAGAAAGAAAGGCUUAGAUCAUCCCUGUAUAAGGAAAAAUAAGCACUGGGCCAAGAAAUGUGAUUAGUCUGAUAAAUUGUAUAAUCAAUUGCUUGACCACAUUUUGGUUUGUUAUGAAAUAUACUCAAGAGACCAAAUAGCCAAUGCAAGUCAGGUUAUUAAUGCCAUACAGGAAAAAGGUUCUGUAAGAUAUCAGGCUCCGAAGAGCAGUCCUGUGCAUUCACCUUACACAGAAGGUGUGCUCUAUGGAGGUACAUCCCUACUUGUUUCCCAGUAAAAGGUACUAGGUAUGUCACCUGAAAUUGGAUUCAAGUAAUCAGCUUUUUACCUUGCUUGUUUCUGAUUCCCCGGUGUAUGCCUCUAUUUUUUUUUCCUGAACACAUGCAUUCCAGAUCAUGAUGCACUCUUACUUUUGUUCUGGGUACAUGCAUUCCAGGUACUAAGGGCAUGAGGACACCUCAUAAAUCUGUGCUAGGACAAACAGAUUUUUGAGGGUAACGCCCUUUCUGUUGCUAUGAGGAAACAAUAUAUGUCCUGAUACUGACAGUUUUCCUAUCUAGUUAAGCCAAAGCUUACUGCAGCUAAUGUAAGGUGUUAUGGAAUCCUUAGCAUAAGUGAACAGGGUUAGGUACAAGCCUGUUUGGGAUAUAUAACUGCUAUGUUCAUGCUUAAUAAUAUGUGUACUUAAAUGCUUGGAAUAUAGAUGGUGGGUAGUAUUAUCUGCAUAAUUAUUACUAUAUGUAAUAAUUAUGCAGAUAAUACUACCCACUAUACUACCCACUAUAAUUACUAUAUGGCUAGCAUAUAUGUAUGCUAGCCAGCGUAUAGUAAUAAUCAAGUUUCAAGUUGCUGUUUCCUGCUACUCAUCUUGUGGAAAGCAUGAUGAUUUCCCUGCAGACUGCUGGCAAACACCUUGACCUUCCAAACCCCAGGAGACCCAAGAAUAGUGGGGGAAAUGAGCAGGAACUUGGGUCACCUGUAGAAGGCUAGGGCAUUUGUGCAGAGGUCCAAUAUGUCUCUCAAAUGCUUUCGGGAAAUCCCAUCUCCAUGGUGAGUUGCUUCUUCAGGAGCUCUCAUGACAUGAUCUUCCCUCCACUGCCCCAAUCCCUGACCUGACAGAUGUUUCCACAGCAUGGAGAGAGAGGCAGCAUAAUAACUUGUAAGUAAAAUCACUCCACAAGUAAAAUUUCUUAAGCAAUCCAAAUGCAAAGUUACCAUCAUUAUUAGUUACCAGUACCUGUGUCACACCACUUGAAGGUUGGCUAUAAUAUAAACAGCUGCUCCUUUUUAAACAAAAAACAUUUAAAAUAAUCAGUAGAAAAUGGACUGAACAGACAGAUAAUCUAAAAGAUCAUAGCCUUUGCACUGAUUUACUGAUACUGCUUUACACUCCUUGCAGUCCUAUUUAUAUUCAAGAAUACAAUUUGUAUCUUCUGAAUCCAAUGUUUGCUCCAUGCAGAGAUUACAGGGGCAGGUUCUAUGGCCUGUGUUAUGCUGGAUGCCAGACUAGAUCAUAAUGCUCCCAUUCUGUCUCUAAAAUCUAUGGAUCACUUACAGAGUAAAUUAUCUCUGCUUUUAACCCAAGAUGUCUUACAAAGCAUGCAAAUCUCCUUUGUAUCGUCAUUCCAUAAAUCAUGACUGAACUGAAGAGAGACAAGGUGGGUGAGGUAAUAUCUUUAAUUGGACCACUGUCUGUUGGUGAGAGAAACGAGCUUUUGAGCAACACUGAGCUGUUCCUCAGGUCUUGGAAAGGAACUCCCAGCCUCACAGCAAAAUGCAAAGUGGAACAGAUUGUUUCAUAUAUAUAGUUAGCAUGUAUUGUAAGAGACCAUUCAAGGUAGACAAUUCAAUUACUGGAUUGUCAUCUAUGUAUCAGUUUCAACUACAAGUUAGAUCCUAGUUAAAAACACUGCCUUGGCUGAUGAUGGGGCAGUGAAGAUGCAAUGCUUUGCAAUCUUAGUUUGCUGAACGUACCACUAACUUUUCAUCUUAUAGAAGUUUCUUUAUUCUUAGUGAAUUUGCACUGAGCAACACACUGUAUUUGCUUUGUGCAUAUAGUGAAAGAGGAAACUAUUUUAAUAUAAAUAUUUUUUAUAGUUUGUAGUAUUCGCAUCCUAAACUGCUCUCAAAUUACAUGGCCAGAGCUUCCACUUUUGAUUUCAGUGGAGCUAUGUCUAUUUCCAGCUGCGGAGGAUCUCGCCCACAGUUUUUAAUGAAAUGAGAAAACUUGCAUUUGAUAUUUAGCAUGCUGAAUGGAAACUAUUAUUGUGAACAGACACAAAUCAU